UGGCUGCUGUGGGCUGCAUGAAAGUUACCACUGUGUCUGGGGGUGAAAUCACUGGGGGAUCUGGUUGACUAACAGGCCAAGGUACCGGAUUAAACUUCUACUACCAUCAUGGUUACCUAGAUUUGCUUUUUUCUGUGGAAGUGUUUAGAUGCUGUCACCAGUCAUCAUUUUGCUCGUCAUGUUACUUCUUUUGUUUAGCUUGUAUGAUACCAUUUUCUCUACUGUUUUGUGUCAAGAUAACUAUGCUCAGCCAGCUCUUAUCUUUGUGUGCAUUGUUGCUGUUGUGUGUAUUUUUCUGGUUCAAUAUCAUUGCAGUGCAAGCAACCCCAUUAGUGAAUGUCCUUGACCCAUGUUGUCUAAAAUAUAAUGUGUUCUUGUUUUACUAAGUCUAUAUGACAAUAUAGUUUGCUGAAAAAAACGUUGCAGUGUUUCCUGGGAGGUGGGAACGCUGCUACUGCCUGUGUGUUUCUGAGGCCGUAUUGCAGCACAGAGCUUUAUGUUGGCUGACCGGAACCAGCUGAAACCGGUUUGAGGCAGACGGAGGGCUGACAGGAACAAUACCGUCUCUGUGCUCCACUGAGGGAUAGAGAUAGCCCAGGCUACUCCAUGGCAGCCCGUCACAGCUCAGUCACUGGCUACCAUGGCACAGACCCUGCUGCUGCAGCUGCUGCUGCUGCUGCUCGCCGCUCGCUGGAUGUCGGUGUGCUACGCAGCGCUGUUCACAGCAAGAUGGGGGCAGGGAGAUUUGGGAAGGGACGAGGGCAGUGGGACGUGGCUGGCUGGGAGUCUGUGAAUCUGCAGAUUAGAGCCUACACACGGACACACACGCACGCACACACACAAACACAGGAGCAUGAUCUAUCUGUCUGUUUGUAUGUCUGUGUGCUGCUAGUGGUGCAGAGAAUGACUAAGGAGGAUCCUUACCAGGACCACCACCACCACUCAUCAGAUCCCUGGAUGUAACCUGACCCUGUAUUCUGGGCCUUUGCCUGGUUGGGAAGAAACAGGACUGUUUUUUUCCAGAAAGGGUGGGGUGGAUGGCUUUUUGUGGGUUAGUAGUGUUGUGACUGUGUUUGUUGCAGGAUGGAAGGAAGGAAGGAAAGAAGGUUUGGCUAGUGGCUGGAGAGGGACGGAGGCAAGAGGGUGUUCUCCUCAUCAGAGCAGGAGCAGGACCAUGGGAGAUAUGAAGACGCCAGACUUUGAUGACCUACUGGCGGCCUUCGACAUCCCCGACAUGGUGGAUCCUAAAGCUGCAAUUGAAUCUGGCCACCACGAUGACCCUGAUGGACAGCUCAAGCAAUCCAGUGGUGCAGUGACUACCAAUGAAGAUGAGACCCACAACCCCUCAACGGCACAUGAUGUUGGCGUUAGCGUCAUUGUCAAGAACAUUCGAAACGUUGACACCAGUGAGCAUGGCGGAACCAUAUCAGGGAAGGACGGGCAUUUCCAUGGUCAUCUGCAACCCCGUUCUGUUGGCAAAGGACUUCAUAAUGGCCUUGUGAACACAAUACCACCUGGCACUCAUUAUAUCAAGAAUGGAUGGAAAGCUCCCAAGGAGGAGGGACCAUCAGUUAAGAGCCAAUCAUCCACCUUCAGUCAGUUCAGCCCCAUCUCCAGCGCUGAAGAGUUUGAUGAUGAUGAUAAAAUUGAGGUAGAUGACCCUGACAAGCAGGGAUGCCAGUCAUUCUUUCGGUCCAGUACUAAGAAAGAGGACCAGAAUCCCAAAUCUCCUGUGUUAGUGGACAGUGAAAAAAAGCCUAGAGCAAAAGGAGACCAAAAACUUGAUCAUAACAAGAGCAACGAUGGCACUCUGGGAAGUUCCAAGUCUAAUGACCCCCAUCAAUCAAAUGUACCUGAGGAGGAACUCAAGGAAACUGCCCUCAAGUCUGAAGUACGGGACUGUAAGGAGGCCGGAGAAGCAUUAGGGCUUGUUAAUGUGUCCAGUAUGUCUCAAGUCAAAGCCAAGUCCUCUGCAAAACUGUCAUCCUGUAUUGCUGCCAUAGCUGCCCUCAGUGCCAAAAAGGCUAGUGCUUCAGACUUGGGUGUUUUGGAUUCUGCCGCAACACAGAAAGAAUCCAUCCAUGCCAAUGAAAGUCCCACACCUCCAGAGAAGCCACACGAACAGGAGUCAGCCUUAGAGUUUGCAAAGAGGCUGCUAACAAGACAACCAGGCAGCCCCUCUAGUGUCACCAGUGAGGGCAGCAGCAAAGGUUCUCCUGCCUCAAGCACAGACACCACCCCGGUCAUCCCAAAAGUCAGGAUCAAAACAAUCAAGACCUCAUCUGGCCAAAUCAAGCGUACUGUCACCCGAGUUCUACCAGAGUUUGAUCCUGAGGGUCUGAGAAAAGGAGAGAAUAGCCCAUCUAUCAUGGCAACCACCAGUGCAAUUUUCUCAUCUCCCACAAGGCACCCUCUGCCAACCACAGUAGUAGCCACCACGGGAGGCCCCUCAAUUGAAAUAACCAAACAAAUGACUAUUAAACCUGUGGCAACUGCUUUCCUGCCUGUCUCAGCAGUCAAGACAGCUGGCUCCCAAGUCAUAAACCUGAAGCUAGCUAACAACACCACAGUUAAAGCAACAGUCAUCCCUGCGGCAUCAGUGCAAAGUGCCAGCAGCGCCAUCUUGAAAGCUGCUAAUGCCAUCCAGCAACAGACUGUCAUGGUACCUGCCUCCAGUCUGGCUAAUGCCAAACUUGUGCCAAAGACAGUUCAUCUCAGUAACCUCAAUCUUCUGCCUCAGACUGUAUCAUCUGCCGUCUGCGAUCUUCAGCAGGCCCUGUCUUCCUCCAAACAACCACAGCAUCAACAACAGGUCAAACAGAAGACAAUUCUCGCUGGACGGACCUCAAAGAAAGUCUCUAGGGUUCAAGUGUUCACCAGCUCUCAGAGCUCUGUAGUGGACGCCUUCAAUCGAGUUUUGAGUAGCAUAAAUCCUGUCCCUGUGUACAUCCCAAACCUCUCUCCGCCAACCUCAGCUUGUAUAGCUCUACCCUCACAUGGCUACAAGUGCCUGGAGUGUGGAGAUUCAUUUGCUCUCGAGAGGAGUCUGACACAGCAUUAUGAACGUCGCAGUGUGCGGAUCGAGGUCACCUGCAACCACUGUGCCAAAAGUCUAGUGUUCUACAACAAAUGCAGCCUCUUGUCUCAUGCCAGGGGCCACAAGGACAAAGGGGUCGUCAUGCAGUGCUCACAUCUAAUCCUAAAACCUAUCCCUGCAGAUCAGAUGAUAACCACAUCACCCCCGUCAGGUUCACACAACAUCACUGGCACCACCUCGACCUCCCAAGCACCAACACGUACUAGUCAAAUCCCAGGGAAAGUUGCUGGCAGCGGGUCCCAAACUGCAGUUAUUUCAUCUCCAUGCAGUGCUCCUCUAGUGGCAGCCAUGCCUUUGGAGGAUGAUGCUAGAAAGCUCAGCAGGCACAACCUAAAGUGCUUGGAGUGUAAUGAAAUGUUCCAGGAUGACAGCUCACUAGCUAUGCACUAUCAACAGGCAUUGGAGUCCAGUGAGCAGAAAACAUGCACCAUCUGCCAAAUGCUUCUCCCAAAUCAGUGCAGCUUUCUGUCACACCAGCGAAUCCACCAGCACAAGUCUCCUUACAUCUGCCCUGAGUGUGGCGCCAGCUGCCGUUCGGUCCACUUCCAAUCACAUGUCACCAAGAACUGCUUGCAUUACACCCGUAGGGUCGGCUACCGCUGCGUCCACUGUAGUGUGAUCUUCGCUGAUGUUGCAACUGUAAAAUCCCACAUCCAGAGUACUCACUGUGAGGUCUUCUUUAAAUGUCCUCUCUGCCCCAUGGCCUUCAAGUCUGCACCUGGAACGCACUCUCAUGUGCACACACAGCAUCCGGGAAUGAAGGCAGGAGAGCCCAAGGUGAUCUACAAGUGUUCCAUGUGUGAUACCGUGUUCACGUUGCAGUCCCUGCUCUACACGCACUUCGACCAGCACAUCGUCAAUCACAAAGUGUCUGUGUUCAAAUGCCCCGACUGCUCCACGCACUACGCACAGAAACAGCUCAUGCUGGAUCAUAUCAAGGCCAUCCAUGGAACCCUGAAGACCGUCGAGGGUCCACCAAACUUGGGCAUCAACCUCCCUCUCAGCACCAAACCCACUAACUCUAACAGUACGAACAGCAAUAGCCCCGGUAACAAUAAUAAUAAUAAUAACAAAGAUGGAGAAAAUGCCAGUGGUCAAGACAAGGGAGAAAAGAAGCCGCCACCCUCACCGUUAACGAAAACAAACAGUAACUGCUCAGUGGACCUCAAGAACCCCCCAGGCUCAGGAUACACAUGUGGAGACUGCAAUAACCUCUUCACUUCCAGGGAGGUCUUUGUGGCUCACAUGAGGCGUGAACAUGGGAAGAUGCUGAAGAAACAUCCAUGUCGACAGUGUGACAAGUCGUUCAGCUCCUCCCACAGUCUUUGUCGACACAACCGUCUCAAACACAAGGGACUGCGGAAGGUCUACACCUGCCCGAACUGUCCAGCUCUCAGUCAGCCCUUCACUAAAAGAGUGCUGCUGGAUCAGCACAUUCAGCUGAUGCAUGGUGUCAAAGACCAAGAGGGGAAGACCGUCAGCUCUGAUAACAUGGAGCCCUCACCUGACAAGAAAACGACCCUCAGCCCCAAAAGAAAGCCGGAAGAGGAUGAGGGACCUCCUGGCUUGAACUCCAGGGGCUCUGACUCGCAGCCUUUGAAGAGGCUCAAGGUGAACAUCCUCAAAGUUCACAAGUGUGCUGUUUGCAACUUCACCACCGAGGACAUCGCAGCUUUCCACGAGCACAUUCCCCAGCACAAGUCCGAUGGCUCGUCCUACCAGUGUCAGGAGUGCGGCCUGUGCUACACCUCCCACCGCUCGCUUGCUCGACACCUCUUCAUCGUCCAUCGGCUGAAGGAGCCGCAGGGUCUCGCCCGAUACAACGGACGGGGCAAGGACGAUGACGAGAAUCAGAGGGAGAACCAGUUGGGCGUCACAGACGAGAACAAUGACGGGACACCAAAUACCAAAUGCAAAGUGUGUGGGAAGAUGUUUGAAACGGAAGGAAACCUGAAUACUCACAUGAGGACACAUGGGAUGGCGUUCAUAAAGUCAAAGAGACUGAGCGCAGCUGAGAAGUGAGAGGAAAACCCUUUUAAACCAUUCCAUCUGAAGCAAACGCUGUUGUUUUAAACUUGUACACUUUGUUAUUUUGCUACAGAUAACCUUCAGUAUCUCCACUGGCUGUGGUUACUCUGCAUACAAAAUGUACAUGUAGGGUACUACAACAUGUAUACAGUGUACACACAAAAAAUGUAAUAUAUGUCAAAGUCACUUUAUGUGUCUUUAAGUAAGUGGAACAAGAUAGUUUUUUGUACACCAUAGAUGUUUCUAUAGGGCUUCAAUAGAUCUUUUUACUGAACUGUUUUUUUUAAUUGUUUGAAACAGUCUCCAUUGUUGUCUUCUUACUAGGACUAGAUAAUGUAUGAAUAUAUUGUUACACUCAGCAGUGGUCUGGAUUUUCAGUGCUGCUAAUGUCCAGCGAAUGUCUGAAAGACAAAAUACACACAUAAAAAUCCAGGUUCUUUUUCUUUUUCAACUUAAAAGUAGAAUAAGGUUGUCAUAAAGCAUUCCUUAUAUGUUAGUUUUUUAAUUUCACUGAUAUCUAAUAUUUCUCUCCAAGUCCCUCUUAGCUUCCACAAUAAAGCCUGGUCUUCUUAAAAUACAACCUGAAUCUAUUCAAACAAAAUCUCUGCAAUAAUCUUUAAAUUACACAAUAUAUCAGAAGAUUUCAGACAAUCACACAAAGCUGAAGUCUGCUUUCAGCUCCAUACCACCUUGUCAAGUUGCAAUCUAUUACAUAUCAAACAGAUAAAUGACAAAUUUCGACUAGUAGAUGAAUUAGAGUGAAUGUGUUUGAAGCUCCCAGUUCUGUGGAUUAUUAUGCUAAACAUUUAAUAUCAGACAAAAGGCUUUAGAGGACAAUUUAUGGGCUAAAUUUGAAUUUAGUUUUAAAAUAUAUUUUUUAAAAGACUCAAAUUUUUGUUUUAUUCCUGUCUUAAUACGUACAUAUAAAUAUAUAUAUAUAUAUGGCAGCUCUUUGUAAUUACAACUGGACUAAAACAGUUUAUUUACCUGAAUAUUCAAAAUAUAAGACACAAAGCACUUGCCUUUUAUUUAACAGCAGUCUUUUUUACAGUGUAGUUCAUCGGUUGUUACAGCACAAUAAAAAUAAAGCUGUAAUGACCCCGUAUUUCAUGACUAACCUCAACAUUAUCAUUUUCUGUCUGGCUUCUUCUGUUCUUUGGUUCAAUGUGAAAUCAUGUUGAAUGUUAACUGACAGGAAUAACACUGGAGAAAAAUAAAAACAAAAAACACAUCCGAACUGAUGAAAAACCUCUACGAAUGUAAACGUAGCUGUGAAACUGAGAAUUAUUCAUACAAAACAACCAGUUCAGUUACAUGAACAGUGACUGAGAUUGUUUUUUCAUUGCUUAUGUUGUUCCAAACAUUUCCGCAAAAUGUCGUUCAGUUCUGGAUAGGAGCUUUUCUACUCUGACAAUAAGAAUUUAACUGCCCCGCGCUGUAAAACUGCAUGUGAGAAGCAGUCUGUGAGGUGUUUGUCGAUUAGAAUGUGUCUUGCUGCUGCUGCUGUUUUUAGACAUUUCUGAUGCUUGUGUACAGAGCUGUUCUUAAUGUCAAUAAAUGAUGAAACCUG